GCUACGAUGAGAUUCGUGGUGGUACACCGACGAUCAUGCACUAGCUGACGCAUUCCAGCUCCGAGCCGUAAUUUCGUACGUGCAUUUAACGGAACCGAGCGAACGAACACACGAUCUGUACCGUGGUCAUUCGGAAUUGUCAGCAGACAGGUUGUUAGGUUAUGUCGUGUCGAGGUCACCUAAAUCGGAUUAAUUUUACGCAAUAGAGAGAAUGCAACGUAAUUGUUUAGCCACGGGGGUCUCGGGACUGCGUUUCAACUGUUACUGGUUACACGAUGUGUACCGCGGACGCGUGGAAAAUCGCGAAAACUACGAAUUACGGGAUUUUACCUCGAAUUAUGGCGUUCAGACGACAGCGGACGGACGGGUUACGCACGGCGCUACGAACGAAUUCGUCCGUCGCCUUUACAGGUCGAAGUGAUUCGUGUACGACUUGCAACUCAACUAUUCGGCAGUUGAUCAUGGAAUUGGAAAAUUGUAAUUCGCACGGGGAUCAUGGAAACGGCCCUACCACACCUCAGCACGAAAAUGAUCCUAGCGGAAAUAAAAAGUGGUAUCGACAAGCUAGUCAAAGAAUUUUUGUGAACCGUAGCCUUCAUUUAGAAAAUAUAAAGUUCUAUGGCUUCGAUAUGGAUUACACAUUGGCAGAGUACAAGUCGCCACAAUACGAACAGCUGGGUUUCACAUUGUUAAAAGAUCGUCUAGUGUCACUUGGAUAUCCGCAAGAAAUCAAAGCUUUCGAGUAUGAUCCCAGUUUUCCUGUGCGAGGACUAUGGUUCGACACUUUGUAUGGAAACCUCCUUAAGGUGGACGCCUAUGGAAAUAUCCUAGUCUGCGUUCACGGCUUUGAAUUUUUAAAACAUUCACAAGUAUACGAGCUUUAUCCGAAUAAAUUUUUACAAUUAGACGAGUCCAGGGUAUACGUGCUCAAUACAUUGUUCAACCUUCCUGAGACCUAUUUAUUAGCCUGUUUGAUAGACUUUUUCACGAAUUCGCCACAAUACACACGAGACAGAACAGGAGUGAAAGAGGGAGAGCUUACAAUGAGCUUCAAAAGCAUAUUCCAGGAUGUACGAAACGCCGUAGAUUGGAUACAUCUUCACGGUAAUCUGAAGACAAAAACCAUCGAGAAUUUGAACGAAUACGUGAAGAAAGACAAACGGCUGCCCAUGUUUCUCCAUAGGAUCAGAGAAAGCGGGGCAAGAGUGUUUCUUCUGACGAAUAGCGAUUACGUUUUUACUGAUAAAAUUAUGACCUAUCUGUUUGAUUUUCCACAUGGAGCAAAGCCCGAUGAACCACAUAGAAAUUGGAAAACAUAUUUUGAUACUAUUGUAGUAGAUGCUAGAAAACCAUUAUUUUUCGGCGAGGGUACAAUCUUACGACAAGUAGAUACGAGAACUGGAGCUUUAAAGCUUGGGACGCAUAAAGGUCCACUUCAUACAGGUGAAGUUUACUCAGGCGGUUCGUGUGACGUGUUUACCGAGCUGAUAGGUGCAAAAGGCAAAGACGUAUUGUACGUUGGUGAUCAUAUUUUCGGUGAUAUCUUAAAGAGUAAAAAAAUUAGAGGGUGGAGAACAUUUUUAAUAGUGCCUGAACUAGUUCAAGAGCUUCACGUUUGGACAGACAAGUGUCAAUUAUUUGCAGAAUUACAAAACUUAGAUGUUAUGCUAGGAGAAAUGUACAAAAAUUUAGAUAGUAGCACAAAGGAAAAACCUGACAUUUCCAAGCUACGAGCAUCUAUAAGAGACGUCACGCACAAAAUGGAUUUAUCUUAUGGUAUGAUGGGUUCGUUAUUCCGUAGCGGGAGUAGGCAAACAUUUUUCAGUAGUCAAGUGGUGAGGUACGCUGAUCUGUACGCAGCUACUUUCUUAAAUCUUAUUUACUAUCCAUUCUCAUACAUGUUUCGAGCUCCUGCUAUGUUGAUGCCACAUGAGAGUACAGUAGCUCACGAACAAAGAUUUGUUAUGGAAACGCCAAUGAUUAGUCGCUCUCGAACUUUUAAACUUGUUGAAGAAGAAGAAGAACAGAAUAAACCUACUAAAACUUUGUACGUGGACUGUCCCAACAAUCAAAUACCACACGCAAGACCUGAAACACCGCGUAAUGUAACACAUACACACGAUGAAGAUUGUAGCGACGAAGACAGUGACUCUCAGAAACAAGCAAAUCAUGUAAGAUCGUGUACCAGAAAUUCCAAUUGUAAAUGAAUUGUUUUCACUGUCAAUUCUUUUCGUUACGUUUUGUUCCUACAUUCU